AGCGAGUGAUGUCACCUGUGAAUUGUAACCUACUAGCGACUGUGAAGGAAACUGUUUAACCGGAUCCCAUUGUACCCGGAGCGCAGAGCCGCCUUUCCAGCAUGCAGGGGCUGCUCAGAGUUUAACCACUCCAAGAAAUAGAAGAGAAUUUAGCCAUGGCCCCAAGGAAGAGAGGUGGACGGGGGAUUUCAUUCAUCUUUUGCUGUUUCCGAAAUAAUGAUCAUCCCGAAAUCACAUAUCGACUGCGAAAUGAUAGCAACUUUGCGCUUCAGACCAUGGAGCCAGCGUUGCCCAUGCCCCCUGUGGAGGAGCUGGACGUCAUGUUCAGUGAACUUGUGGAUGAACUUGACCUCACAGACAAACACAGGGAAGCUAUGUUUGCACUUCCGGCUGAGAAAAAAUGGCAAAUAUACUGUAGCAAGAAAAAGGACCAGGAAGAAAACAAGGGAGCAACAAGUUGGCCUGAAUUCUACAUCGAUCAGCUCAAUUCCAUGGCUGCUAGAAAAUCUCUGCUGGCAUUAGAGAAAGAAGAGGAGGAGGAGAGAAGUAAAACUAUAGAGAGUUUGAAGACAGCACUAAGGACAAAACCAAUGAGGUUUGUAACCAGAUUCAUUGACUUAGAUGGCCUAUCAUGUAUUCUCAACUUUCUAAAGACCAUGGACUAUGAGACCUCAGAGUCUCGAAUACAUACCUCUCUCAUUGGAUGUAUAAAGGCGCUAAUGAACAACUCUCAAGGUCGGGCUCAUGUCCUGGCUCAUUCUGAGAGUAUAAAUGUAAUUGCUCAGAGUCUGAGCACAGAGAACAUUAAAACAAAGGUGGCCGUGCUGGAAAUCUUGGGCGCUGUGUGCCUGGUUCCCGGGGGUCACAAGAAGGUUCUGCAGGCCAUGCUGCAUUACCAGAAGUACGCCAGCGAGAGAACCCGCUUCCAGACCUUAAUUAAUGACUUGGACAAAAGCACAGGGCGGUAUAGAGAUGAAGUAAGUCUCAAGACCGCCAUCAUGUCCUUCAUCAAUGCCGUGCUCAGCCAAGGCGCAGGCGUGGAAAGUCUGGACUUUAGACUUCAUCUUCGCUAUGAAUUUCUGAUGUUAGGAAUUCAACCUGUAAUAGAUAAAUUAAGGGAACAUGAAAAUUCAACAUUAGAUAGGCAUUUAGACUUUUUUGAAAUGCUCCGAAAUGAAGAUGAACUAGAAUUUGCCAAAAGAUUUGAACUGGUUCACAUAGACACAAAAAGUGCGACUCAGAUGUUUGAGCUGACCAGGAAGAGGCUGACUCACAGUGAAGCUUACCCUCACUUCAUGUCCAUCCUGCACCACUGCCUCCAAAUGCCUUACAAGAGAAGUGGCAACACUGUUCAGUACUGGCUGCUGCUAGAUAGGAUUAUACAGCAAAUAGUUAUCCAAAAUGACAAAGGACAGGACCCUGACUCCACACCUUUGGAAAAUUUUAAUAUUAAGAAUGUCGUACGAAUGUUGGUUAAUGAAAAUGAAGUUAAGCAGUGGAAAGAACAAGCAGAAAAAAUGAGAAAAGAGCACAAUGAGUUACAGCAGAAAUUGGAAAAGAAAGAGCGAGAGUGUGAUGCCAAGACCCAAGAGAAAGAGGAGAUGAUGCAGACCUUAAACAAGAUGAAAGAGAAGCUUGAAAAGGAGACCACCGAGCAUAAGCAAGUCAAGCAGCAGGUGGCGGAUCUCACGGCACAGCUCCACGAGCUCAACAGGAGGGCCAUCAGUGCCUCAGUCCCUGGUGGACCCUCGCCUGGAGCCCCAGGGGGGCCCUUUCCUUCCUCUGCACCUGGGUCUCUCCUUCCUCCCCCUCCACCACCACUUUUGGCCGGUGGAAUGCUGCCCCCUCCACCACCUCCACUCCCUCCUGGUGGCCCUCCUCCUCCCCCGGGGCCACCUCCAUUAGGGGGAUUCAUGCCACCCCCUGGCGCUCCAAUGGGCCUGGCACUCAAGAAGAAAAACAUCCCUCAGCCCACAAAUGCCCUGAAAUCCUUCAACUGGUGCAAGCUGCCUGAGAACAAACUGGAAGGAACAGUAUGGACCGAGAUUGAUGAUACAAAAGUCUUCAAAAUUCUAGAUCUUGAAGACCUGGAAAGAACUUUCUCUGCUUACCAAAGACAGCAGAAAGAAGCAGAUGCCAUUGAUGACACACUGAGUUCCAAGCUUAAAGUCAAAGAGCUUUCGGUGAUUGAUGGUCGCAGAGCUCAGAAUUGCAACAUCCUUCUAUCGAGGUUGAAGUUAUCCAAUGAUGAAAUCAAACGGGCUAUUCUAACAAUGGAUGAGCAGGAAGAUCUGCCCAAGGACAUGUUGGAACAGCUCUUGAAAUUUGUUCCUGAAAAAAGUGACAUUGACCUGUUGGAGGAACAUAAACAUGAACUGGAUCGGAUGGCCAAGGCUGAUAGAUUUCUUUUUGAGAUGAGUCGAAUUAAUCAUUAUCAGCAAAGACUGCAAUCACUGUACUUCAAAAAGAAGUUUGCAGAGCGUGUGGCAGAAGUGAAGCCUAAAGUAGAAGCAAUUCGUUCUGGCUCAGAAGAGGUGUUCAGGAGUGGUGCCCUGAAGCAGUUGCUGGAAGUGGUUUUGGCAUUUGGAAAUUACAUGAACAAAGGCCAGAGAGGCAAUGCAUAUGGAUUCAAGAUAUCCAGCCUCAACAAGAUUGCUGACACAAAGUCCAGUAUAGACAAGAACAUCACACUUUUGCACUAUCUCAUAACUAUUGUGGAAAAUAAAUAUCCCAAGGUUCUCGGUCUACAUGAAGAAUUGCAGGACAUUCCUCAAGCAGCAAAAGUAAACAUGACUGAGCUGGACAAAGAAAUGAGUACUUUGAGGAGUGGCCUGAAAGCAGUGGAGAUGGAGCUGGAAUAUCAGAAGUCUCAGCCCCCACAGGCGGGAGAUAAGUUUGUGUCCGUUGUCAGCCAGUUCAUCACUGUAGCCAGCUUCAGCUUCUCUGAUGUUGAAGAUCUUCUAGCAGAAGCUAAAGACCUGUUCACUAAAGCAGUGAAACACUUUGGGGAGGAGGCUGGCAAAAUACAGCCAGAUGAGUUCUUUGGCAUUUUUGAUCAGUUUCUUCAAGCUGUGUCAGAAGCCAAACAAGAGAAUGAAAACAUGAGGAAGAGGAAGGAAGAGGAAGAGCGCCGAGCUCGCAUGGAAGCUCAGCUCAAAGAACAGCGUGAAAGGGAACGUAAAAUGAGAAAAGCAAAAGAGAACAGUGAAGAAAGUGGAGAGUUUGAUGACCUGGUUUCAGCUUUACGCUCCGGAGAGGUGUUUGACAAAGACCUCUCUAAACUGAAGAGGAAUCGCAAACGCAUUACCAACCAGAUGACGGACAGCAGCCGAGAGAGACCCAUCACAAAACUGAAUUUCUAAUCUCCCUUGAAUCCCUUUUUUAGAAAGCUCAUUUAGCAGCCCUUUGAAGGGACUAGAACUUUUCAUUACACUGCCUUGCAAUUUGAACAGUGGCAAUUUCUUCUUUCAUCCGUGUGUGAAUGUGUGAAUGUGUGUGUUUGUAAAUGUAUGUGUAUAUAUAUAUUAAAAAUGUAUAUAGAAGUCUGAAUGUUGUCUGGAGACCUAUAUGUCCGAUUCAAAAAAAAAAAAAUAGUCUAUGUUAAUACUUGUGCUCAGAGGCCCUUUGUGUAUGCAUUCAUAUUGAGUGUGACUCAUCUUCUUCCCCUGAACACCACUACUGUUCAGAAGCACAAUACUAUCUCCUGAAAGAGAUGACGCAGACAUUCCCUAGAUUAAAAGAAAAACAAAAGCAAAAAAAAAAAAAGAAAAAGCUUGAGAAAUAUUUUAUGGUUUCCAAGCUUGUUAUGCUUUGAAAUUAUUUUCAUUGGUGAAACUGAUAUUGGAAAAAUAUAGAUUUAAAAUAGUUUUUAAUAGUUGACAAUAUGAUGCUGGUGCAUCAUAUCAAUAAUGGAUAGAGGACCAGCUUAGCAUUUCUGACAUUGGUGUGGGGAUGCAUCUAUAAAUGUUUAUUGAGAACAUCUUGCACACAAUCUGAAUUACGUAGAAUAUCGAUCAGAAUUCUUUUCUAUAUGUAAACUUGGACAUCAAUUUUUUUUUCCCCUAAUUUCAGCCAAGCACUCUUGAUGAUUUCUUUACAUUGCUUUUGGAAAGAACACUAUUUAUCUAAAUGCAUUUCUAUGCUCUUGUUAAAGAACAAGAUUGCCAGAAUGCAUUUGUAGUUCUAACAAUAUAGAUGUAUAAGCUAUAAAAAUAAAAUUUCCCACCCAAGACUUAAAAGGAGGAAUUAUCUGAUGGGAUACACAUUA